AUGGUUGUGGUAAACAACAUAAGGCUCCUUGGUGAGCAGUUCAGUGAAGCAAGGAUAGUGGAGAAGCUGAUUUCAACCUUGCCUAAGAGCUAUGAGUCGAAAAUUUCAUCCCUCAAAGACUCAAAGGACCUGACCAACAUCACAUUGACAGAGCUGAUCAAUGCUCUCUAUGCUCAGGAGCAAAGAAGAGCUAGCAGACUGGAAGAGCACCAAAAAGGUGCUUUCCAAGCAAAAACCAAUUCUGCCUCGAGCAAGACUGGCUACAAAGGCAAAAAGACUUGGAAAGACAAACCAAAGUCUGCAAGAAGAAGGGACCAACCCUAUAGACAUUGCAAAAGACCUGGUCAUCCAGAAGCAAAUUACUGGUUUAGACCAGAUGUGCAGUGCCAACAUUGUAAAAAGAUAUGGCAUGUUGAAAAGGUUUGCAGAAGCAAAGGCAAACCAAGACAGUACCAACCACAACAGCCAAAGGCUGAAGCUCGACUGGCAAAAGAAGACAGUGACUGUAAAGAGCAAGUUUUUACUGUGUCAUGCUCAAUUGCUCAGGAGAAGCUUACAAAUGGUUGGCUCUUGGACAGUUGUUGCGCAAACCACAUAACACUAGAUGCUGCCAUUUUCAAGUCGUUAGAAAGAAGCUGCAAAACCAAGGUUAAGAUUGGUAAUGGCCAUUUUAUAAAGGCAGAAGGUAAAGGAGAUGUAUUGAUAUGCACUCCUACAAGUAACAAGCUCAUCUCGAAUGUGUUGUUGGUACAUGAAAUUGAUAGAAACCUGCACAGUGUAGCUCAACUGCUAGAGAAAGAGUAUUAUGUAGUGUUCAAGGGCAAAGAGUGCCAAAUCAAUGAUCCAAGUGGAUCCAAGCUCAUGGCAGUCACUAUGGCUGAUAAGAGCUUUGUUGUUGACUGGACAAAUGGCUCAGACACUGCCUAUACAGCCACAACAGAUGAAUCCAAGCUUUGGCAUCAAAAGCUUGGUCAUGCCAACUAUAGAUCAAUGGACCAGCUAGACAGAGAAGACUUGGUUGAAAACUUCAUUAGUUCAGUUGAGAAAUAG